AUGAUAGCGGAAGCGUUGGUUUGUGUGCAGAUGCUUGACAGGCACUGUGAUGGCCGUCUUGCCGAGGCAAACGCAGGUGUGCAAGCAGCGAUUGCCUGUCGAGUCGGGGUUGCGUCUGUGAAGAGCAGCGGAUUGUUUCCUGUGGUGUAUUGUGAGCCUGAAAAGUUGCAUGUGAAAGAGCAUUUCAAGGAUGGCAAAAAACCUACUGCCCAUGCCGUUCCUAGGUUCGUGGUCUGGGAUCCUGUUGAUCUUGCGGUAGACCUUCUGGACCGCGCGGUUGAACGUGGGCGAGCGAAUGAGCUAUCGGGCAUGUCAGCGGGAAGGCAGGCAAACGAGACAGUCGAGGGGUGUCACGGCUUUACCUCCAAGAGGGCAAACCACGGGCCCAUGGACUGGGGAGAUGAGGUCGAGGAUCGUCGAGGUUUGAUGAUUGAUGGGGAGAUGGAGAUGGAGAUGGAGAUGGAGAUGGAGAUGGAGAUGGAGAUGGAGAUGGAGAUGGAGAUGGAGAUGGAGAUGGAGAUGGAGAUGGAGAUGGAGAUGGAGAUGGAGAUGGGAGCCCUUGAGAUGCGUCGCGAGGAUAGAAGCGCAAAUGGGAAACACUGGUGGCUUGUUGCGACAGCCAUGGCGAUUCAGUCAUUUAUUCGGUCAUUUGUUCAUUCCAUCAUCCAAUCCGUCAUUCAUCUCGGCUGGCCACGAGUCGUCCACGUGUCGGUGAAAGCAUCGCAGUGGGCCAGAGCGCAUCGUGUCCUAUCUAUUGGGCCUCCCGCACGCCACUUCCUGCAUCUAUUCGCUCCAUUCGCUCCAUUCGCCGCCCUCUCUCUCUCUCUCUCUCUCUCUCCAUCUACUUUGACACACUCCCUUCGUUACCCCCACUGCCAGCUGCCAGCAGCGCACCACAUCACUUCACACGUGUUUCCUCACACUGCCAGCGAAACGUCGACAGCAACACCAACACCGGCGCCAGCAUCAACAACACCAACCCUAAUCAGACCUACUUUCUUCAAAUUGCAUAAACUCCGCGCCCUCAGGCGCAAGGCCAAGCUCAAGGGCGCCUUUCUCAGGACAGACUCUGAAAUGGCAGACCAGACGGGCACAGCCAUAUCUCCCACCUCGUCCAAGCGCUCGCGCAGCAGAGACAGCGCCGCCUCUGCCUCCAACUCGUCGCUCAAUACCCCCGCCGCCAACACACCCCUCGCCACCCCCUCUGUGAGCACCAACAGCCUGCUCAUUCCCUCGUCCACUCCAAGCACGCCCGCCAACGACGAGUACCCUCAAGAUGGGACUCCGUACCCCCCAUUCCUCAUGUCCAGCAGAGCAGGUAGGUGGACUCGGCGCCGGCGCCUGUCAGACAACAACCUGGCUAACCGAGACAUUGCAGAUCUUACAGCCAAAUGGGAGCGCUUGGCCUUGGCCCAACAGGAUCGUCUCAGAAUCGGCGCACAGGCAGGUGGCGCUGAACAUGCAAACACAUGGGCGCGAUGCAGCGGCAUCGCCUACUUGCCGCGCAACCGCUACAACAACGUCGACCCUUAUCAAGCCAAUAGAGUGCGCCUCGACGUGCCAGAGGGCCAGUUCGACUACAUCAAUGCCUCGCCAGUGCUCUUGGAGACGACCAAGUCGCAAACCCCGCUGAGAUACAUCGUCACCCAGGGCCCCAAAGCAAACAGCUGGUCACACAUCUGGCGCAUGAUCUGGAAAGAAAACACUUCGCCCGCAGUAAUAGUAAUGCUGACCCAAACCCGCGAAAUGGGCUUCGAUAAAUGCUUCCCAUACUACCCGCAGUCGCUCUCCCAACCCGACCUGCUCACAAACGACAAGGACGAGUUCAAAGACGGCUUCAAACACAACCUGCACCUCACUUCCCUGUCGCUAGACGAGGAGGCGCGGACGGAAAUCCGCGAAGUCGACAUGACCACCCUAGACGGAAGCGAAUCCAAAAAAAUCUGGCAUCUCCUCUUCACCGCUUGGCCCGACUUCUCCGUGCCCGAGGGCGCCAACCGCGCCGCCAUGCUCAAGCUCAUUGAUCUCUCGCGCGCAAAAAACAGCGACAACGCAACGAAUCCGCGCAUCGUGCACUGCAGCGCCGGCAUCGGCCGCAGCGGCACCUUCAUCUCCCUCGAAUGGCUCCUCCACGAACUCGAAGAAGGCUCGCUCGACGCCCCGUCCGACGAGUACGACCCCAUCUAUGACAUUGUCGAACGACUCCGCGACCAGCGCGCCGGCAUGGUCCAGUCAAAAGCCCAGUUCUUCUUCAUCUACGACGUCUUGCGCGAGUGCUGGCGCCGUCGCUGGAUCGCUCAACACCCGGAUGAGGCGGCGCAGUUGGGCAUCACUGCCUACGCCGUCGACUCCUCUUCCCCACUCGAGCCUGACUGCGAACCUGCGCUCAAGCGGCGCAAGUCGACGCACAAUGGUGACGCUCUGCUUGAGGAUGCCGACGAUGUUGUUGCGUCGAUUGAUCCAGAGACUCGCGCGCAGCUCGAGGCUGAACUCAUGGAUGCGGAUGCGAGGAUUGGGAUAUGA